GUAUAUUCCAUCCAUACAAUGGUCAGGAUGUUUUCCUAGCAGUUGUAAUUCACAGAAUGUCUCCGCUGUUAUAUCGGCUGUUGCGGCACAAGGUAAAGUGUUUUGUAACGAUAUCACAACAAGCACUAAAAGUGACAAGUACAUGAAUGCUUCAGUUUGAAACCAACCAGUAACCACAAACUCAAAACAUUUUCUGGGACCAAUGCUCCCGUGGAUACUUUUUCCACCCCUGACCUUCAUAUCCUUUCAUUUUAGUCCCACAACUUACCAAUAAAAGAGUAUACUUGAUACAUCACGGAUCUGCAUGUUCAACAGGAGGGCCUGGUUACGACGCUGGUGCUAGAUGGUCACUGUAUGUACUUUGUAUCUCCAUUUCUUAGACACUAAGAAGACAGAUGAUUCGACUAUACCCGUGUUCGCACAGCUGGUUCCCAGUUAUUGACAUUAAGUCUGGAACAAGUUGUUAUCAACUUGUAACAAGGUUGAUGAGGCCAACAGACUCGCAACAAGUUGUUCCAACAAGUCUGAUAUGGUCUGCAAACUAUUACGAACCGCUUGCAUUGAUCUUGUUGGAGAAACUUGUAGUAAGUCUGUUGCCAUCGUCAUCCUUGCAACAAGGUGUAACAAGGUUGAUGAGGCCAACAGACUCGCAAUAAGUUGUUCCAACAAGUUUGAUAUGGUCUGCAAACUAUUACGAACCGCCUGCAUUGGUCUUGUUGGAACAACUUGUAGUAAGUCUGUUGCCAUCGUCGUCCUUGCAACAAGGUGUAACAAGGUUGGUGAGGCCAACAGACUCGCAACAAGUUGUUCCAACAAGUCUGAUAUGGUCUGAAAACUAUUACGAACCGCUUGCAUUGGUCUUGUUGGAACAACUUGUAGUAAGUCUGUUGCCAUCGUCGUCCUUGCAACAAGGUGCAACAAGGUGUAACAAGGUGAUAACAACUUGUUCCAGAUUUGUCACAACAAUGAUAUUUUUUUCGUUAUUUAGCGCCUUGUGUGCUGUACUAUUGCUGUUUUGUCUUAUUGGGACAAUUCUUGAUGCGAUCAUAGAAGCAUAUAAUACUUCAGAAGAAAAUACUUCACCAUCUGAUCAGAAUAACACUGUAGAGUUGCAGUCAGUUACGAUCCCGCCCCAAGCAAACAACACCUUAACACGUCAGACCACCAGCUCAACUGCCCUCCACCCGCCGGAAGAAACCAUCAGAUUCGGCCCGCCAAGAUUUUUGAAAUGUAAGUGUCUAAGGGGAGUCUAUUUUUGCCAAACAUCUGUAGAUAGUGACGUCAACUUAGAUCAAAGAAUAGACUCAUUAACUCAUUUAUAAGCAAAGGCAUUAAAUACGAUACAAAAGAUUUUAAAUCCGUUAUGAUUACGUUUAUGUUUCUCAUUUUAGCAAAGCUUUGCGAGGUGUUUUUAUGUUUUUCUCUGCUUCGUAACACGAAAAAAAUUUUCAGUACAAAUGUCCCUGCAACGGCUAUCACAUCCAUCAAUGGCAUUCGGGUAUUCAGCAUCUGGUGGGUUAUUUUGGGACAUACUUUCCUCUAUGUCCUCAUCAGUCCCAUUGUAGGUAUGUAUGAAAGGUCGUUGAUCUUGGCUCCAUAUAAUUUACUUAUUGUUUAAAAAUUCCGAAAGCAUUUCGAGAUUACAUGUUUUGGAUGUUUUAAUUUAGAAAAUAAAGCUCAGACUGUUGAAGACUCCAAAUUGCUCUCGAUAUUGCCUGUGACUAACGCUUAUUUUGCUGUCGACAGUUUCUUUUUUCUGAGGUAUGUUAUGCUAUAUAUAUUGCUUGGUUGUAGUAGUAAGUGAGGGGGUAGUUGUGAUGGUGUUGAUGAUUAAAGGAUACCAAGUGGUUUUCCGUGCAGGAUUGCGUGAUCCAUGCACGAGGGAUGUCGCGAGAUUUUCGGAAAGCGUAAAAAUACUGGAGCCGCAGGCGAGUAUAUUUUACGCUUUCCAAAAGUCGAGCAACAUCCCAAGUGCAUAGAUCACGCUGUCCUGCUUGGGAAGCCAUUUGGUAAUUGUUUUAUAAAGCAACUACAGUGAAACAAUGACAUUUUGAGAGUCCCGCGAAAAUCCCGCGCUGGCAUUUUAAUUCCUCGUGCAGGAAAGCCUGAUCCUGCACGGCUAUUGACCAAUCAAAUUGCGUGUUUCACUGUAGUUAUUAUAUAAAGUACUAUCAUCACUUGAUGAUCAGAUGAUGAUGGUGGUAGCGGUGAUGAUGGUGGUAAUGGUGGUGAUGGUUGUGGUGACGUUGACGUUGAUGUUGCUGGUAAUCGUAGGAGGUGAUUUGAGUGGUGGUGAUAGUGAUGACUGUGUUGAUAAUGGUGGUGGUGAUGAUGAUCGUAAUGCUGAUCAUGGUAAUGCUGAUCAUGGUGAUACUGAUGGUGAUAUUGAUGGUGAUACUGAUGGUGGUGAUGAUGUUAGUCAAUGAUGGUGUCGUAUAAUCUUCUUACUUUCUGAUUUUUAAAAUUAUUUUUCCAGUGGUCUUCUGGUUGCUUACACGUGCUUUAGAAAAAUGGCGAAAAGUGAUGGGAAAUUUAACUGGAUCUUGUUUUACGUGCACAGGUUUUGGAGGUAAGCUUCGUUUAAAUAUUAACAACGUUGUGUAAAAACGAGACAUAGAAAGUUUUUUCCCGAUAGUAUGCUAAUACGUAUGCUUGACAUUCUUCUUUGAAUGUUGCCAGAACGAAUAGAACAUGACCUGCUUUGUAGGGUAAUCCUACCUGAUUAACCGGGUUGUGUAAAUAAAUAUAACCCUUUAGUUGGCAGCGUCACCAUGAUCUUAGCAUCAUCAUCAUGAUGUGGUAGUGAUGAUGGUGGUGGUGAUGGUGUUGAUGACGGUGUUGGUGAUGAUGAUGAUCAUGGUGAUGAUAAUGAUGAGAAUGGUGGUGGUGAUAGCUGCGUGGUGGUGUUGCAGCUGGUAAAAUUAUCAUGACCAGCACCAUCAUUGUCACCACCAUCUUCACCGUCACUCUAGUAUGUAUGUAAACACAAGGGGAAGACACAACAGACUAGGGACUUCAGCCACGUACCUUAUUUUUAUAAAAACAGGCAUUAUAAUUUUUACUUAAUUUGUCUCAACACAGGCUUACCCCAUCGUACAUGUUCGUGAUACUAUUCACAGUUCAUCUGAAAGGAUUAAUAUCUGACUCACUUUUGUGGCAGUAUACAUAUAAGGAUCCAUUUUGCUCGGACAAAUGGUGGACUAACUUACUGUACAUCAACAAUUUUUAUCCAGAGGAAUUUACUGAACAGGUAAGAAAGUUACAUAUAUCUUUACCUGAGUGCCCAGCAACAGAAACACUAACAAUGUUUUUAUAUUUACUGUAGUGUAUCGGUUGGACAUGGUACUUGGCGAAUGAUAUGCAGUUCUAUGUUAUUUCACCGAUACUGUUAAUUUUGGCAUUUAAGUAAGUCUUGAUUGCUGAUAGUUAGUAUAAUCACAUGGGUUAGGCCAGCUGGUAAACUUCGAAGAUGUUGUUGAAGAAAAGAACAUGGCGGUUGAACUGGGUUUGAACAUGCACUGCAUUUUUUAAAACUAGUUAGAAAUUGCUACACGAUGGAACAGGGUUAUAAAAUAUAGCAAUUCGUUGUAUGCUUAAAGACCAUGUAAAGUCCGUUCGGCGCAUACGUUCUCCGUAGGCUUACAUUCCAAUGGUCGGGACUCGACCGUUGGAAUGUUAUUAAUAUUUCGUAUCUUUCGAACUUUCUUGAAUUGAAUCUUUAGUCUGUAUUCAUUUACAAGCAUAGCGAACCGGAAGAGUGUUAAAAAUUCAGUAUAAUGUAUAUCUAAUCAUAUUUUACAACUGUAGCACUGAGUCCAAAAUGUAAACAAAGCGUUUGUUUACAUUACGGACUUUACAUGGUCUUUAAAAAGCAGCCGAAACAACCGAUUAAGAAGAUGCAUCUAAAUUAUCAAAAAAAGUUUAGAUUAGUGGCAGAUAAAGAUUAGAUUAGGGUUAGAUUAAGCGAAUUUAUUGUGUUGAUAAUUUCGGGCAUGUUUAACAAUUUACUUAUAUAGUAAAUCCAAAGGUGGAGUUCAGGCUGUAUCCGGCACUAACGCACCUAGGUCUAUAUAGAAUUACUGACUAUACGUUUUCUAAAGUCUCAAAACGCCUUGGAUGCUUUGGCCGCCCAUUAUGAACUAGGAGCCCAGGGUAAAGUGUUUCCCCUGCCCCCCCCCCCUCCCAUCUCGGCGGUCCGCGUUUCUUCCCAGCGGUCCCAACUUUAUCGACCCUUGCAUACACUAGUCACUGUGCCACCAACACCGCUGACCAUAUAACGUACUCAAUAUACGCGACGUUUUUUUUUCACUGUAGGUACGGGUGGCGUGGCUUGCUAUCCAGCACAGGAACAUUGUUGUUGAUUAGUACUAUUGUUAUUGCCGCGCUUAUUGGCGCCUAUGACGUGGAUCCUAUUAUUAACCUCAAACUGCUUCAUUUCACAGACGAAACGUACGUGCUAAAGUUAAACCAAAUUCGGUAGUAUAUUGGAACGCGCAUAGUUUAGAAUUAGGAACUAGGAAGUGGGAGUCUAGUGGGAGGCUACUAUAAGUUGCCGUGGUUUGUGUCUGAGCUAUCUGAAAACAAUAUCUCAACGUAGUGGUCCAGUGUAGAUAGUAUUUCACAAUAAGUUGCUGUGGCUGUGGAUUGUGUCUGAACUACCUGAAAAAGAGAUCUCAACGUAGUGGUCCAGUGUAGGUAGUAUUCUACAAUAAGCUGUCCUAGCUUGUUGCUGAACUACCUUAAAAGAUAUCUCAAAUUGAAUGCUCUAGUUUUAAGUAUUAUGCAAUAACAUGGCUAGGAAAGCCGCGACUGUUCACCAGGUUUACAAAGGAUGAUUUUAUGUAAUUUUUGUGUUUAGCGCGAAAAAAUCAAGGGACAACAGCAACUAUAUCUACAGUAAACCUUAUUGUCGUAUUCAACCUUACCUCAUUGGAUUUAUCCUCGGUUAUGCUAUUUACAUGAAGUAUCGCGGACCGAUUAAGAGACGUGGUUGGGUAAGUCAAUUUCUUGUUCAUGGUCUGGAGGCCUGGGGCCUAUAUUGUUUAAAAGUUUUCACAUCUGUAACUGGGAUUAGGCUCUUCCAAUUUGCAGUUGUCUGAUUAUAAUUAAUUUCGCAUUCGAGGGGAGUGCUUGGAAUUUACCCCUAUCAGGUCACAAAUUCCCUUCUGAAGUAAUUAUUACUGCCUUUUUAGGGAGGACAGCUAAGAACUGCUAGAUCAGGCUCAUAAAAACAGCUUAUGAUACUGGGACAUUAAGAGAUGGCCCUUACUGGACCUCUAAGAAGAACAGCUUAGUGUUAGAACUGAUAGAGCUACCCAGAAUAUGAAGACAAUGAUGUUGGUAAACUGUUUAGGUUUCCUGCUGUGGUAACACUGAAGCAGAAAGAGAUUGCCUAGCAAUGUAAAACUAAUAGAGUUAUCCAGUAUAAAUAAAAUAGUUCAGUAAAGGUUUCCUUCUGUAGUAGGGAUAGUUUUUACUCGAGAUCUAAGAGUAAAUAAAGAUAAUUUCAUGUAGCUUUACAGCUUUUCAUUUUAUUUUCUUUCUCAGUUAAUUGCCUUGAUUGGUUGGUCUGUGGCGUUUGCGAUUGCCAUGACUGUAGUCUACGCUCCGCACGAGUCUGUCGUUCCAGGCAACCGAGAAUGGAAUAUGACUGAAAACAUUUUCUAUGGCACAUUUCAACGUCUUCUAUGGGGUCUUGUAUUGGCUUGGGUUACCUAUGCUUGUCACUAUGGUUACGGAAGUAAGUUAGUGUUUUACUGUGUAACACCAUAGCUCAGUAUGUAACACUAGAAUAAGGACAACCUCGUCCCCAGGCUAGUCCCAAGUUAGAUUACUUUAGGUAUUUUCAAGAAACACUGGACCAAUUAGGAAUGACCCUUACUGAACUUCUAGGGAAAACAGUUUAAAACUGAUAGAGCUGUCCAGUAUACAUAAAUUUAGUUUAGGUUUCCUCCUGCAGUAACACUGGAUCAGAUCAACAAGGAAUGAUCCUUACUUGACCUCCAGAGAGAACAGAUUAGAACUGAUGGAGCUAUCCAAUAUAAAUGAAGUUAGUUAAUUGAAGAUUUGAUACACCGUCACUGAAAUAAUGUUUACCUAUCUUGACGCCAGGCUACAUUCAGCAGUUUCUGUCAGCAAGAUUUUGGAUUCCUCUCAGUCGUUUAACUUACUCCGUGUAUCUCGUUCAUAUCAUUGUCUUGCAAUUCAUGCUGACGGCUGUGAAUGGAACAAUACACUAUGAUAUUCCCACUACCGUAAGUAUGUUGGACUGUCUGGUUUCCAUUUAGCUAAAGGCAAAUUAAUUCCGAAAUACGUUUUCUCUAAAUAUUUUUCCCUAUUUCUCUCUUUAGUCGUACUAUUUCAUCGCUGCGACAGUAUUAUCUUAUGCCGUUGGCUUUAUUUUGGCUGUGGUCAUCGAGUUUCCUUCGGAAAACUUGGAAAAUCUCGUUUUGAAAUUCUUGCAAGAAAGAAAGAAAUAUGCUGUUAAUUCUUAAGCAGAUCUUCAGGAUACAUUCCAUGUUUUUCUUCACGAAUUCUGCAUUUCUAUAUAUAAGAAAUAUCCUCCACCAUUUUAUAGAAUCUAAUAUAAUCUUUCCAUUUAUCUUUCGAUAUAUAGUACUGAACAAAUAUUUGUCUGUAAAAAAAUAAAACUUGUUGCAUACCACUUACAGUUGGCCUAGCAUUAAAAAAGUGCCAGAGUCCAUAACCCUAACCCAUUGUCUUUCGUUGGUAACGAAAAUCUCAGUGUUCUUCAUGCCAUUCAAUCACACAUACACAUAUAAAUAUUGCUUUGACCUAUUUUAAAUAUUUUGCCAAGACGCAAGAGCCUAUUGCCAUAUUUCGUUAACUAAUUAUGCUGUAAUAUAAUAAUCGUAUAUGCUUUUAGACGUAAUAAACGCAACUGAUUGAAGAAUGAAUUAUAGUGUUAUGUUAAAUAAUUUUUCUGUGCAAGAAUUUCUUUGCAAAAAGUCUAUAAAGAGUAACACUAAUAGCAUAUUAAAUGAACUAAACGAAACUAUAGUCUGUGCAUUUUAAACGCCCAGUAGCCACCACCCUUUGAUGGUGCAUUGUUACUACAGGAGGAAAGCUUAGCUAACAGUAACAUAACAUGCGGUGUUUGGUAAAGGUGUACUGGAACUCUGAAAGAUCUAAUCAAAGUAGGUACAUAUCUAUGGUACAUACAAAGGUGUCACUUCAUGUUAAUUUUGCGGUAAGGGAUUUUUCAGACGCCUGCAUGCAAGUGCCCUAAAGAGAGGCUAUCACCCCCUGAAAACAUAUUGAAAUUUAAUGUUUCAGGGGGGUCAAUGCCUCUUUUUAGGGCACUUACUAAGAACAUGGCCGCCAGCUAUUUUGGAAAAAAACCCUGGUAAAAACUACCUUACGGUUUUCCCGCAGAAGUUAGAUGUUUGCACUUACUCUUAACACUGUACCUGCUGUGCUCCGCUCAGCAAAAUGAUAAUUUUUUCUGUGCUGGUGUUGUGUACUCAGGUGAAUAAUAUGUUUGUGAUGUUACUCUGAGUGCAUAUCCACACCGGGCGAGC